CGUGACUGUCAUUUUGUGCUGCAAAAUACACGGUCGCGGAGUGUGAGCUCGUUCAGAUAAAACAGUUUUAAAAGAAAUCUUCAACAUGGAUAUCGAUGAGGAAGAGUUUGAAGCGCCGACCUCUAGCAGCAGUCGUGGUGAGCGGAAGCGUUUCGAGGUCAAGAAAUGGAACGCGGUAGCCCUUUGGGCUUGGGACAUCGUCGUGGACAAUUGCGCCAUUUGCCGAAAUCACAUUAUGGAUCUGUGCAUCGAGUGCCAAGCCAACCAGGCAUCGGCUACCAGCGAGGAAUGUACUGUCGCCUGGGGAGUCUGUAAUCAUGCGUUCCAUUUCCACUGCAUCUCUCGCUGGCUCAAGACCCGACAGGUAUGCCCGCUCGACAACAGGGAGUGGGAGUUCCAGAAGUACGGCCACUAGAAGCGGAUACACGUCGCAAGCACCGUGCAGCAGAACGGGCAAUACAUUUACUCGUUCUUUUCUAAUUCAACACAUCCGGACACUGUAACAACAUGACGUGAUGUUAUCUGAGCAAAAAGAAACAUGUUGUGAUAUUGUCAAGAAAAUCAAGCCAAUAAUAAAUUGAGGUGUUUCAAGAACUCUGACAAGUACUUUCAAGC